GUGUUAAUUGAAUUGGCUUAUAUGCUUUUAUAAUACCGUCCUUUUGACGUUUUUGUUUUAUUUUUUAGCUACCAGUUGAGAAUCUGUCACGUUCUGGUAACAAGCGUAUGUCAGGACUUUUCGACCAGUGACCAGAGAGUAGAUGCUAUGAGCAAAUUCGGCUUUGCCUGUAUGGAAUUCUUGUCCAGUUUUUUGAGAGAAAACAAGGAUGUCUAUGAAACAGUAAUUGAGGAUGCUCUGAGUCACUUGGAAUCGAUUUGCAAGGUAUUUACUGACACAGGAUAUCUCAUUGCAAAUGCUGUUACUGUCAAUGUCGUGGAUGAAACUUGUAUUUCAAAGUGGAAUAAGUUUGUGACUAACUGUUUAAGAUACAAAUUUGAAUGCUCCCAGGUUCUUAGAACUUUGAGAUUCAUUAUCAAAGCACUGUACAAGGAGAGUAACAAGAACUUCUUUGGUGAACUGCUGUCCUUGGAAACUUUGUAUGAAAUGUUACUAAGCCAUUCUCAGUUUCUGAAUGUUAUCCUCGAUACUGAUGGAAGGAGCAAAACAAAAGAAGCCCUCGCUCAGCUGAUGGUUACAGUUGUGGAGUUGAAUCCUAACUGCUGUGUGUCGUCACACCUUCCAGUACUCUUUGCUGCUUACUCCGCGUCACUGUCAACCACAGAUCAGUCCAUUUUAUACCUGUUGAGUCUGUAUGAGAAAAACCACACAUCGUUUAAGAAUUACAGACCUUUUCUCUGGGGCCCAGCCGCUGCUCACCAUCACCAAAUCACCAAGAGCCUGGGUCCAUCAUUAUGGCAACAGCCAAGUGUUAGUGAUGUACUGGAACAAAUGGAUGCCAGCAAAAUGUAUCAGUCAACGGUGUCAUUUCCACAGAGCAGGCUUCUUCAGCCUCAAGUCCAGAGUGAGCUUUCGCGUCAGACAGUCCAAGAUGUUUACGACCCUUGCUUCCUUUUACCGUUAUUCAGCUGUCUUCUAGCUCCAAAUUUUCAAGUGGACUGUCGGAAGUUCGUGGAGCAAGGUUGCUUGGGUUUUACAGUAGCCUCGUUGUCCUCACGUGAUGUGCACGUGCGGCAAGCGGGAUAUCACGUGCUCAGUAGAUACAUGAUGCAUCUUGAAGGGGCCAGAUUCAAAGAGAGAAAACAGAUUUUCCAUUUGUUAACGUGUUUGAAGAAUAGCAUUACAGAAGCGAAUUGCCGCAUAUCCAGCUUAAUGGUAUGCUUCAUAGCUCGAGUGGCAAACAUUCUACUGAAACCAGAGCAUAGUUUCUACAUUAUGAUGAACAGCUUUCUACUUCAGAGACCUGCUUUGAAUCUCAGAGACUUACCUCUGUUUUUCACCAUGUUCAACAGCAGUUCCAUGCAGCACGUCACCGAGCGGUCCUGGAUGCUACAGUUGCUGGUGGAUGGAAUGAUGGACAGUCCAGAUUAUUAUUUGUACAAACGACGUCACGUGAUUGAACUAGCGCUGAGUUAUCAUGACUCACCGGUCAGCGAUCAUCACUCUCGGAACCUGGUGACUCAGUUGUUGUUAUCAGCUCUGAAGAUCCAUCCAGCUGCUUAUGAUUUGACCAAAAACUACGGUGUUGUAGCCUGGAUCCACUCCUUGUGUUACAAGAGUCCUGGAAGACUGAGCACAAGUCUGGACUUACUUCAAACCCUUUGGUUUACACUACAUACUGCCCACAAGAAAAGCAAUGACGUUAAUGGGGAAGAAAAACAUGUCCGUCUGCCUCCAAACUUGGCUCAAGAGUGCGCAUUAGUUUGCUGGACUCUUCUUGAACAACUAAGAUCUUGCCCAGUUGUAGCUGAUACCUAUAGCUAUUUACAACUGCUGGCAUCCGUCAACAGUUACUUAGCAGCCAAUGAGCAGCCUUCUGGCAUGUCAUGUGACCGUACUUUGAGCCUGUUGGGUUUGUGGUGUGCGGCAUUUGACGAAACAGUGAUGCUGAGUCGACUUCUCUCUUCUUUAAAAUUGAAUGAAGUGUUGAACAGUGACGUCCAAACUGGUGCAACCGAACGCGACUACAGUAACCUCAAGACAGAAAGCUUGUCUUCCUUGCUGGCUAUUCUCACAUCGUGGCAUCCGUCGGGCGCAGGAACAAACCAGGUUUCACUACAACAAACUGUUCUUCUUGUUUGGCACUUCGGAUUGAUGUGCUGUCGUGGGUUAUUCCAGGUUAUCAAGCUUCAUAUCGAUAUUCCGUCAAGCAGUAGAAAUCAAACUUCUGUUUGCCUAGUUACACUUCUAAGCUGGUUUAGAAAAUGUCUUGUGCAGGACCGCGUACUUCAGGAUCGUCUUGUCAUAGAGAACCCAGCUUCAGAAAUUAAACUUUUAGUGCAGCUUUACCAGACUGGUUCCUCCAACAACGCGACUGCUGCCUUACAUGUGGAGCAUUUCAAAAGCGUUGAGAACUCUCGCUUAGCAGUUACAAGGGAGCUGAAUAUGAUUUGUUUGGUUUUACUUGCUGCUGCCCAGCGCGGAAAGCGUAAGGGUAUUGAGGAAGGUUUAGCGCAGCCAGCAGUUUGCCAGUUCAUCUCUCAGGAGCCCUAUGGUGACGUUAUCACUAAAGGACUGGAAAAAGUGAUUCUUCCUUUGCUACCCGACCCCUGUGGAGACUUGGAGGAAGGGAGUUACCAUAAGGAUGAAGAUGUGGUCUUACAAGAUUUAUUGUCUCUUUUAAUGCAAGAGCUGUGGUUGAAAAUACCCAUUCCUUUCCAGUUCCUCUCGUACUUACUCAGUCAAGGUGAAAGUGGAAACCCUGUGGUAGAUUCAGUCAUACUGGCACUUCGUGGGGCAAAGACUAUUACAAAGUGGAUACAGAAAGAUGUCUGACAACUCAGUUCUGUGUGUUGGUUCAAGUUAUGUAGCUGGACAAGAAGGAAUGACUCUUGCUUUCAGUAUCAAGGCAAUAAGCGAAAGCAGAGAAAAUCACGUGCAAGGAAUUGAUAACUGAACCUACUUGUGCCAAGGCAAUACCAUAACGUAGCAAGUCGACGCAUCUACACUCAAACAAAUUUGAGCGAUUUCCCUUAUGACGUUGAAAUGAUUAGCUUGAAUACGAACAAAAAAACAAACUAGUUGUGAGCAAUAUGAUUGGUUCAGCGAACAGAGGCCAGUGGGCGCGGCUUUUGGUUGGUUCAGUGAACACGCAAAGCCUCUGAAGCGUGCGGAUUGCAAGUUGCUAUUGUCUACGACGUCACUCACUCUUCAGUAUUCUGACCCGGGUUGUUUGAAAGCUGGAUAACGCUAUCCACCGAACAAAUCACUACCCAGUGGCACGAAAAUCGCUUUAUACAUACAUACUAUACUGACUGAAUAAGACUGAAUAAGACCUCAAUACUGUCUUUGUAUUUUAAUUAUAUUUAUUUGUUACACAAGUAUCAAAAUUCAAGAGACGUCGCAGCGCUGCAGUUGUCUCGACUUGCAGGCGGACUGGAACCAUCAGCACUGCUCAGGGCUUCGAUCUAGAAAAGUAAAUUAAAGUAAUCAAGAAUUCGACUACUUGUAAACUUGUGAAAUAAUCCCUUGUUAACUUACGAAGCGAUAGUUCUUGAGGUAGGGUGAUGAAAAAAGUGCACGACGCCGUUGUAAGAGCGACUGAAAGAAGACAGUAACGUUUGUAAAUUGUUCGAGAUUCUUCAACAAAAUCUGUUGAAACAGGAA